AUGAUGAAUUUUACCAUAAAUGUUAAAAUGGAUCAAAUAAGCGAUAUUCAGAACCAGCAGCGUUCUAGAGAUAUUUUAUAUUCAGAACCAAAAAUUACAGAAACUAUUUUAACAAGCAGUCAAUUUGAAAGACGUCCAAAUUGGUGGAGAGGAAGUGAUUCCGAAAAUAUUUUGGACCCAUGCUUUAAAAAACCUAUUUACACAGGUAAAUCCAAAUUUAAUUUUCUCCCAACAUUUUUAAAAGAUAAUAUUAAAUGGUUUAAACAUAGAAUUUUAUCAAAUAUUAAUCAUGAAAAUGAUUAUAGAUGUAAUGAAUAUGAAAAAAAGACUAUGAUAGAAUAUGGCAAACAACUAAAAAUGACACAGAAACAAGAAUAUUCACAAUAUAAAUACAUUUCUCCAUAUUCUGAAUAUCUAUUAGAAAGAUUGAAGUGGAAAAUUGCACUCCGAAUUUAUUAUACAUUAGAUCCUAAUGACAAAGGAUAUAUUGAAUUAGAGCACUCCAAGAAAUUAUUAUUUGAAAUGCUCAAAGUAGAUACAGAAAAGGCACAAUCACUCCUUUUAUUACUCGAAACUAUUAAACCAUUCUAUGCAAAGGACGGAUGCAUUGAAAAAAAUGAUAUAAUAAGUUACUUGUCAAGAGAAAUUUUUGAUGAUACAAGAGGGUAUGGUCUUUUUUCAAAACUUAAUAACAUAUUUAAGAAUCCAAUUAGUAGGUCAAAAAGGCAGAAUGAUUAUUACUUCAGUAAUAAUUUUCAAGAAUUUAGUAUACUAAAAAAAAAUGAAAAAAUUUGUUUUUCUUCAGACCCCAGCUUAAUUAAAAUAAAUCAAGUGAAUUUUGGAAAAAUUAAUUUAAAAGAAACUAAUUGCAAUUUUGCUCAUUGCCACAAAAAUAAAGAAACCUGUAUAACAUGUAAUAUGAAAAAAAAUUGCAUCGGAAAAUUAAAAGAUCACAUUAAGACAAGUAAAGAUAGAAAACAAAGGUUGAUUGAACGAAUUAAACAGGAGCAAAAAGAAAUUAAUGAUGAAAGUAUGUUAAACUGUACAUUUAAACCAGAAAUCAUUUGGCCAAUAGGAAAGUUUAUAUUAAAGAGUAAUAAAAAUUGGUUGAGGGAUAAAAAGAAUAUACAAAGAACAAAGCUGCCUCUAAACAAAAAAAAUAACAUAAGUGGAUACCAGGUUAUUAAUGAACAGGAUAUAGAUGAUAAAAAUAUCCAGGUAUUUUUAAAUAGUAAUUGUAAUUCUGGCUCUUAUAACAAUUGGAGCGGAUACAUUCAUGACAGUAUGACUAACCAAAUUUUUGUUAUACACAAAGGAUAUUUAACCCAUGAUAAUAAUAUGGAUAAAAAUGAAAUUUUUUAUAGAAAAACGGACAAGGAGGAUCAGAAAGAAAUUCGAAAUAAAGUAUUAGAUUCAAUUAUAAGAAAAGUACAUAAUGAAUUUCAAAGUUUAGAAAGUACUGAAAAUGGGAAUGAGCAAAAAAACUCAUUGAAUUUUGGGACCAAGAAACUGAUUGAGGGGCUUAGAACCGAAAGAGAAACUGGAACCAAUGACCCAAGGUUAAAUACGCCCGAGUUUACAAUAGAAAUUAAUCAUCCAGAAUUUGUAGAAAAAAGCAUAAGUUUCAGCGCAAUUAAGCCUUACAAAGAGGCAGUAAAUCAUGAAAAUUUUCUCAUUAAAAGUGAAUAUCCUACAAGUCCUUGUUAUUACUAUCUCCCAAAGGGAUACGAAAGGAUAGGUAACUGCUUUAAUGAAAUUCACUUUAGAAGAAAACUUGAUUUUUUUAACAAUAAUGAGCGAGACAAUUUAAAUACCAAUAAAAGGGAUAAUUCUAAUUUAAAGGGUUCUUUAAACUUAUCUACAAACAAAACAAAUUUUGAAGGUAACUCUCCUUUAUGUUUAAAAGAAGAAUUAGUUGAGGAAAUGAAAAUGAAGAAAAUACAGAACAUUUCGAAUGAAACAAAUAAAACUAAUCCUUUAUUAAUUAAAAACUCGAAUGGAGUUGACAGUCAGAAUCAGAAUAACAACAUUGAUAUUCCAAAUACAAGAGGAAUGCAAACAGAAAGUAAUAAUUUAAAUGAGCAUUCUUUUCUCAAAAAUUCAUAUAUAAAUGACAAUGCUCAAGUAAUAACUAAGUCUAAUAACAUAGAUGAUGAAACUGAAAUUCUAAGAAAAAACAUAACUACUCAAUUAAAAAAGGAAUUCAGUGUUUCGGUUUCAAAAAAGAACAACUUAAAGAUUUUACCAAAGAAAGAUGACUCAGUAGCUAAAUUAAAAAAAGAAACUGUCGCUUCUAUUUCAGCAAAGAGUAAUCCUAAAGUUCCCUCAAAAAAAGAUAAUUUGCUACCUUUAUUAAAAGAGGAAGCUGGCACUCUGAUUCCAAAAAAGAACAACUUAAAAAUUUUAACUAAGAAAGAUAGCUUAGUAACUCUAUUAAAAAGUGAAACUGCUGCUUCAAUUUCGACAAAAAAUAUACUUAAAAUUCCACUAAAGAAAGAUAAGAUAGUAAAUUCAUUAAAAAAGGAAACCAGACCUUCAAUCCAGUUGAAACAAAGAAUAACUUAA